AUGACGACCGCGCAACGCCCUGUUCUGACCGGUGCCGAAGUGGACCCGUUGUUACCGCGCGGUCCGAACGCAGCUUCCUCGUCUCCUGCUGCCACUGGCGACGUCGACGUCGAUGCCGAAAGGAUGUCGUCCCACACCUCGCCUACACCUUCGGCUGGACCGUACCUCCAGCAAAGUUUGCUGAAGGGAUGGGCGGCACCUUUAGCUCAGGUAAGCACUCACCAACUCGGGCGCGGGUUGCCGGGACGUUGGUCAUGACGUGCAUAACGCGAGAAUAGACGUGACGACCUCGCACCCGCGCGGCGCUGACCCCGAGGACGGCAUGACGAAACUCCCUCCAUGCGGGGGCCGACCAACACUCCUAGCGGACGGCUGACCAAUUACCUCCCGCUUGAAUCGAGUCGCAGAUUGGACUGCUGGGCUCGACGAUCGCGACAUGGUUGCUAUUGUACGAGCAUCCAGCCGGUGAGAGGUCCUACCUUACGUCUCUGCACUUGCUCUCUGCCUUGCUGACACCUUCUUGGGCGACCCGCCUGGCGCGCAAACACUCAGGCCUGUUCAGCUAUCACCCGGCGUUACAAUCGUUGGCCAUCUUGUUCUUUGCCGAAGGUGGGUCGCACAAAACACUUGGCGAAUUUGGUCACUGUAAUGGUCCGACGAGCUGACCUGUUCACGACCUCUGACCUACUUUCUCGUCGAAAUCAACUGCUCGACCGGGACCCCUUGCCAUUCCACAGGCGUCCUCUUGUUGCAGCCGCAGCCUUCCAACAACUCGUUCAAACGUAAAGGUCUCCAACUCCAUCAACUAUUCCAAUACUCCGGCUUGGUCCUCAGUUAGUACCAAUCCAUCCCACCGCGCGCGUCAUCAAACAUGGAAGGAUCUUAACCCAAACACCACCUUCUCCAACCCGAUUCCCAGUCCUCGCCGGUGCCAGCGUGAUCAUCUACAACAAGGCGAUCCACAACGCCGAACAUGCGACGACCUGGCAUGCCCGCUUCGGCUUCCUGACCCUCGGUUUGAUCUUGUUGCAAAUCCUGUUCGGAGCGGUGGUCGUUUAUUCGCCUUUGGCGAAAAUGCUGCUCGGUGGGGAAGGCAAGGCCAAGCGUUUGUGGAAGUAUCACAGGUAAGCAGAAAGCCCUACUCCUUCUUCUUCCCGAUGGACCUAUCCAACUGAUCCGUUCCGACACAUAUGCGAUCCACAAGAAUGAGCGGAUACGCGACGAUGACUCUCUUGAUCGUGACCCCUCUCCUCGCGCUCCAAUCCACCUGGGUCCAAUCGAAUAGUUCCACCUUUCAACGCGUCCUCAUCGGCUCCGAGCUCAGCGUCGCAGGACUUUGUAUCGUUCUGAGGAUACAAAAGUCCAAAUUGGGGCUCUAG